GAAUUACGAGGUGGUUACUUACAUUUAACUCUUAAGGCAGAGAGGCAUUUUAUUCGGGGCGCAAAAGAAAACAUAAAAGGCAAACACGUCGUUGUGACAAGAAGAAUCGAAUGAGAUUACGCCACGUAUGAGAGAGUAGCAGCGUGGGAAGCAUGGGUUCGCUAUACGUAUUGUAGCCAAUACCAGAAUUCCAAAUCCGCUGUUUGCUGCUCCUCCUACAAACAAAACUACAAAUGUAACAAAAACCUCUUUCCGAGUGUCUCUGUCUACAAGUGAAAAAAAAUUGAAAGCUUUUCUUCUUCCGUUCCGUGUGAGAUGGGUUGUUGUAGGAUUUGGAUUUGGUUCCUCUUUGUGUUGGCGGUGGUGUCGCUUCCUUCUAGAAUCUCCGGUGAAACAUGGGAGGCUGUUCUGACAUUGGAUCACUCCAACUUCUCCCACACUGUCAGCAAGCACAAUCUCAUCGUCGUCCAGUUCUACGCGCCAUGGUGUGGCCGCUGUAAGAAGCUUGCUCCGGAGUAUGAAAAAGCCUCUUCUAUCCUGAGUAGUCAUGAUCCUCCAGUUGUUUUGGCUAAAAUUGAUGCCGAUGAUGAGAAGAACAAAGUCCUUGCAUCGGAAUUUGAUGUUAGGGGAUACCCAACAAUUAAGAUACUUAGAAAUGGUGGAAAGAAUGUUCAAGCCUACAAAGGUCCCUAUGAAGCAGAUGGCAUGGUUGACUAUUUGAAGACACAAACUGGUCCUGCUUCAACUGAAAUUAAAUCUGUUGACGAUGCUACUGCUUUUAUUGGUGAACAUAAAGUUGCUAUUGUUGGAGUGUUUCCAAAAUUUUCUGGGGAGGAACUUGAUAACUUUACCGUAUUAGCAGAGAAGUUGCGUGCUGACUAUGACUUUGGUCACACUCUGAAUGCCAAACACCUUCCAAGAGGAGAAUCAUCAGUCACUGGGCCAAUAGUUAGGUUAUUCAAGCCAUUCGAUGAACUUUUUGUUGACUUCCAGGAUUUCCAUGUGGAAGCUCUAGAGAAAUUUGUUGAAGAAUCUAGUGUCCCUCUUGUGACUGUCUUUAACAAUGAUCUGAGCAAUUACCCUUUUAUUGUCAAAUUCUUCGGCAGUCCCAACGUAAAGGUAAUGUUGUUUAUCAACUUCACUGCUGAAGGUGCUGAAUCUUUCAAAUCAAAAUUCCGAGAAACUUCUCAGCAAUAUAGACAACAGGGUUUAAGCUUUCUGGUGGGAGAUGUUAAGUCUAGUACAGCUCAUUUCCAGUAUCUUGGAGUGAAGGAAGACCAAGUACCUCUAAUUGUCAUACAACAUAAGGACGGGAAGAAAUUUGUUAAACCCAAUUUGGAACCUGAUCACAUUUCAAGUUGGCUCAAGGCAUACAAGGACGGAAAUAUUGCACCUUAUCUGAAGUCUGAACCUAUUCCUGAAGCUAACAAUGAACCUGUUAAAGUGGUUGUUGGGGACAGUCUCCAGGACGUAGUUUUCAACUCUGGGAAGAAUGUUCUGCUGGAGUUUUAUUCUCCCUGGUGUGGUUAUUGCACAGAGUUGGCUCCAAUAUUGGAGGAAGUUGCUGUCUCAUACGAAAGUGAUGCUGAUGUGAUUAUUGCAAAACUGGAUGGAAUUGCCAAUGAUGUCCCAAGUGAAAGCUUUGAAGUGAAAGGUUAUCCAACCGUGUACUUUAAGUCAGCAAGUGGAAAGAUAUCAAAAUACGAUGGCAACAGGACCAAAGAAGACAUCAUAGAAUUCAUUGAAAAGAACCGAGAUAAGCCUGCUCAAAACCAGCAAGAACAAGGAAAAGGGAAAGAAGAGCUUUGAAAGGAAAGAAGCUAAGUGACACGUGACGUGGGAUGUACACUCCUUUGUGUCUCGGAACACAAGUUAGUAAAUCUUGGUGCCAAUGUAAAUUACUUUGCUGAACUUUUAUCUUUUCUGGUUUCCUCUGUAUGUUGUACGGAAUAAAAUUGGAGCUUUUUGUUUGGUGUACUAGAGUUUCAGUGUCGGAAAAGUUGCUAGUGGGACCAGUUAAAUUAGUGAAUGUUUUUAAAUCACCAAUUAGUUUUCAGUGUCUUUGUGUC